UUCUCUUCUUGCACACUUCCUUGUUGUAAAUUCCCAGCCUUGACGGAAAGUUUGUGGAGGCUGAAGAAUCCCCUCAGAAGCGGAGCUGAGGCAGCGGACAGUACAUGAAGGUUCCAUGUUUUUCUUCUUGAUUCACCUACUGAAGAAACUGGAGUGAAAUGUCGUCUCCAAAUUUAUAUAUUGCUGUUUGUGACUUCUCAUCAGUUCUCCAAAAUCCAGAUGGCAAAUACGACAAAGUGGAGAGAGGGAGUCUACUAACAUUGACUGCGGCCCCCUCCUCACACCUCUCCAGGACAGACAGUACUCUUCUCCAUUCACCCAUCCUAUGGCUCCGAGUACAUGAAACUGAGAAGGUGGUUGGGGUGGACCCAGAGUCUGUAAAGGAGAUUGAACCUUUGGUAUGGAGAAUAUUACUGGCAGUCACUGAUACAGAAGAGCGAUAUGCCUUUUAUAUGGACUAUAAAAGACUGCGGGACGUAAUGCACCUAAAAACUGGGGAUCAUGUCCGUGUCCAAGUUAAGUCCUCCAGUGAACGCAAAGAGAGGGGCGUGCUUCGUUACAUGGGGUCUGUCAAUCAGGAACAAGAGAUCUUUUAUGGAGUUCAGCUUAUGGGGCAUGCCAUGGGGAAAGGCUUCACAGACGGAUCAUUUCGUGGUCAGAGAUUCUUCCAUUGUGACGAGAAUUGUGGGGUUUUCGUAUCAGGAAGCAGGUUGGAGAGGGAUUGGGAUGAAUAUCCUGUAAGAAAAUCAGGAAGAGUAGAGGAGAAGACUCUUGGAGGACAUGAAGAAUCAGUUUUGAGAGGCAGAAACUGUCAAGAGCCACGCUCCAAACCAUUGGUAUUCAUGCCACGUGGAAUGAGGCAGGGAAGUCCACAGAGGACUAGCGAGAAGGAUCAAGAAAAUGAUGUCCCCAAGUCAGAGGAAAAGAAUGUGAAGCAUUGUGCUCCAGAAGAACACGCUUUACAAGCUGAGGAUGACCCACAACCCUUAACCAACCCUAUUGAAGAAGAGGAGGCACAAAACUUGAAUCAGCCUUCAGAAGAUCAGCCACCAUCUAGCCUCUACCGUCCUCCCAGGAAUUGUAGUCCCUCUAGUCCAUCUGCUGAAGACGAGGCUCUAAGUAAAGGUCUUGAACCCAAUUCCAUGGUUGAAGUAAAUGAUCCUCCAAUAUAUGGUGUUAUCCGCUGGAUCGGGCAUAUCCCAGACUGUCCAGGACCUAUUGCAGGGCUUGAAAUGGAGGAGGAACGUCCGUCUGCCUACACGGAUGGGACAUUUAAAGGAGUGCGCUAUUUUCAGUGUGGAUCCAAUAAGGCUUUGUUUGUGAAACUACGCAACUGUCGUCCAGACUCCCGCUUCUAUUCCUUGCACAGACCAACCAAUCAGAUUCUAAGGUGUAACUCUAUUGCAUUCCGUGACUACACCAGUAAAUGUGUUGAAGAAAACACUCCACCAGCCACGGACAGUGAAGCAAUUGAUUGUCUGAUAGGGUGGAAGAAAGGAAUACAAGGACACUGCAACUCCUGCUAUCUAGAUGCAACACUUUUUUGCAUGUUUGCUUGUUCGUCUGCACUGGACACUCUACUUCUGCGCCCCCCAGACAAGAAUGACAGUGAUUCCUACACUGACACACGGGACUUGCUGCGCACGGAGAUAGUCAACCCUUUGCGCAAAAAUGGCUAUGUCUGUGCCACCAAAAUAAUGGCCUUGAGGAAGAUUUUGGAAGCUGCAGGAAAGAACACUGGCUUCACCAAUGAGGAAAAAGAUCCUGAGGAAUUUCUAAAUCACUUGUUCCAAGUCCUUAGGGUGGAGCCCCUCUUUUAUAUUAGAACAGCAAAGAAAAAGCCCCAAGGUUGUAUAUUCUAUCAAAUUUUCAUGGAGAAGAAGCAGUCAGUGGAUGUACCCUCAGUGCAGCAAUUGCUCGAAUGGUCCAUGGUUACUUGUGAUCUCAAGUUUACGGAGGUUCCCUCUUGCCUUAUCAUUCAAAUGCCCAGGAAUGGAAAAAACUUCAAGAUGUUUAAUACCAUUAUUCCAACCCAACAGCUGGAUAUAACUGAUCUUCUAGAAGACACCCCACGUCAGUGUUCAGUCUGUCAAUCUCUAGCAGUUGUGGAAUGCCUUGAUUGCUACGAGGAUCUCGAGAUAACACCAGGACAAAUAAAACAGUAUUGUGCCAUCUGCAACAAGCAGGUUCACCUUCACAGGCAAAGAUGUGGCCACCAACCAAGAAACCUCAGUGUCCCUGAAAAUCUGAAUGGCCAAGCUGUGCUCCAGAGACAGAGUUUACAGCUCUAUGCUGUGUUAUGUAUAGAAACAAGUCAUUACGUGGCUUUCAUUAAAAUGAACUCUGACAAUCGUCCUCUGUGGGUUUUCUUCGAUAGCAUGGCUGAUCGGGAAGGAGGACAGAAUGGCUUCAACAUCCCUCGCGUAACUCUUUGCCCAGAAGUGACUGAAUACUUGGAAAUGACAGCUGAAGAACUACAGCAAGAAGACCCAAAGACUAUGCCAACAUAUGCCCGACGUCUACUUUGUGAUGCUUAUAUGUGUCUGUAUUACAGCCCUGACCUAAGCCUGUACAAAUGAGAGUCAGCAGUUGAUUCAGGGAACUAUUUCACUGACUUCAUAAUGGCACAUAAUUUCCUUAGAAAAUGUAUCACUUCCACAAAAAUACAAAAGAGCUUCUCUUUGCACCAGGUAACUCCUGCAAUAACUUUUGGGGCUGGAUCCCAGUUUUUUACUUUCAUUGUGACAAUAACAUUCUAUCAGAUGCAGAUUUAUUGCUUGGAUUAAAAAUAUUUUUUUU